AUGGAAAACUCACUGGCAACGCUACUCCUCCUCGUCCUCUUCCUCUCCCCGUCCCUUCACGAUCUCCCCCUCACCGCCGACGCCAUCUCCGGCUGCGGCGACCACUGCCGCAGCAUGAACGACUGCGAGGGAAAACUGAUCUGCAUCCACGGAGAGUGCGGCGACGACCCCGACAUCGGCUCCGACAAGUGCGGCGGCGGCGACGACGACGACGAGGGGGAACACAGAAGCAAGCACAAGCCCACCAAGAAGAAGAAGAAAACCCACAAAAAGCGUAAGCACAACGGCGGCGGCGAUGAUGACGGCGGCGGCGGCGGCGGCGACUGUCGGGCCAACGGUACCAAGGACUGCGGCGACGGCAGCUACGAGACCUACACAUGCUCCCCACCGGUCACGUCCGAGACCAGGGCCACGUUGACGGUAAACAGCUUCGAGGACGGCGGCGACGGUGGCGGUCCGUCGGAGUGCGACGGGGUAUACCAUAGCGACGACGACAAGGUGGUCGCACUCUCCACGGGAUGGUACGAAGGAGGGUCGAGGUGCGGGAAGAUGAUAAGGAUAACGCAGAACGGGAAGAGCGUGGAGGCGAUGGUGGUGGACGAGUGCGACUCAAUGCAAGGUUGUGAUCAAGAGCACGCCGGGCUGCCGCCGUGCAAGAACAACAUCGUCGACGGCUCGCCGGCGGUAUGGGACGCUUUGGGCCUGGCCCAGGAUGAAGGGGAAGUUCCAGUUACUUGGACCAUGGCCUAG